GCGAAUGGAGCGAAUAAGAAACUCAAAACGCAUAAGCUUCUCAGGCUUCUAUAUUAACUUAGACUCUCAAAGAUGUUUUUUGUGAAAGAACUGGUUGAAUCAGGUUGCCUCACUUCUGUUCCUUCCAAGUAUAUCUUAAAAAAUACUGACUCUGAUGAUCAUUGCAUAUUGGUCAAAGAACCAGAACCAAUCCCCACCAUAGACUUCUCCCUUCUCACAUCUCCUGAUCCUCAUCAACGGUCCAAAAUCGUUACUGAACUCGGUAAUGCAUGUCUGGAAUGGGGAUUCUUCAUGGUAAUAAAUCAUGAAGUGCCAAAGACAUUGAGAGAUGAAAUGAUAAGGGAAACUGAAAGUUUCUUUGAUUUAAGAGGGGAGGAAAAGCGACAGUACACUGGAAAGAAGCUGUUUGAUCCGAUAAGGUGUGGAACCAGCUUCAACCCUAUGGUGGAUAAGGCACUGCUUUGGAGGGAUUACCUCAAGGUUCACGUUCAUCCCCAUUUCAAUGCUCCUAACAAGCCUUCAGGCUUCAGCAAGAUUCUACAAGAAUACUGCAAAAAAACUCGAGAAAUGGCCAGUGAGCUUCUUAAAGGUAUAUCUGAAAGCCUAGGACUGGAACAAAGCUACAUAAAUGAGAAGAUGGCAGUAGAAUCUUCGUACUCCCAUCAGCUGUUUGUCGCAAAUAUGUACCCGCCUUGUCCACAGCCAGAGCUUUCAAUGGGUCUACCCCCACACUCGGAUCAUGGACUCCUCACCAUCCUUAUGCAAAAUGAGCUUGUUGGCCUUCAAGUAAUGCACAAUGGCAAAUGGAUUCCUAUCAAUCCCCUUCCCAACUCUUUUCUUGUCAACACCGGAGAUCAUAUGGAGAUACUGACCAACGGGAAGUAUAAAAGUGUGGUGCAUAGAGCUGUGGUGAAUAAUAAAGCAACAAGGAUAUCCAUAGGGACAGCACAUGGACCACCACUGGACACAGUCGUAAGCCCCGCACCAGAGCUGGUGGCGGAUCACGUUGGUCAAGCAUAUCUCGGAAUCAAAUACAGGGAGUACUUGGAGCUUCAACAAAGUAAAACUCUCAAUGGAAAAUCGUGCUUGGAUCACCUCCGUCUUUCAAUAUGA